AGAUAGAAGAGAAAGAGGAGUUCUAUAUUCACUCUUUUAUUUAUUUUUUCAGUUGAAACCAGAAGUUAGCAGAGUCGAUGCGUCCUCCUCCUGAAAGUCGGUUUUUCUUUGAAGAAAUAAUCAAAUACACUCAACAGAAGAGCCUCCCAGAAGGCCGGGCAUUACAAGCUCAAAUUAUCAAAGCUGGUAAAUCUUCAUGCACAUAUCUUGCAAAUAGUCUCGUCCAUUUUUACGUUAAGUGCGGUCAGUUAACUAAAGCCAAGCUCGUAUUCCAAGGCAUACAAAACAAAGACGUUGUCUCAUGGAACUGUCUCAUCAACGGCUACUGUCAACAGGGUUCCGCCGGAUCCUCCUCCGUGAUGGAAAUUUUUCAAAGCAUGAGAUCAGAGAACGCCUUCCCAAAUGCCCACACUUUCACUGGUGUUUUCACAGCCGCGUCGUAUGUAUCCGAUAUUUUUGGUGGUCAGCAAGCUCACGCGCUUGCUAUCAAAACCUCUAGUUUUUACGAUGUUUUUGUGGGGAGUUCUCUUAUGAGUAUGUAUUGCAAAGCUGGUCUUGUAGUGGAAGCUCGCAAGAUGUUUGAUAGAAUGCCGGAAAGAAAUUCCAUUUCGUCGACUACAAUGAUUUCUGGGUAUGCAAUGCAACGGAUGGCGAUGGAGGCUUUGGGGCUUUUUAAAUUGAUGCGUACAGAAGAUGAGAAUGAGAAUGAGUAUGUGUUUACAAGCAUUCUAAGCGCUUUGGCUGCUCCAGAGUUUGUUGAUAGCGGAAAGCAAAUACAUUGUCUCGCUUUAAAAAAUGGGUUGUUAGCGAUUGUUUCUGUUGCCAACGCCCUUGUGACUAUGUAUGCAAAAUGUAGGAGCUUGGAUGAUUCACUGAGGACGUUUGAAUUGUUAGGUGAUAAGAAUUCUAUCACGUGGUCGGCGAUGAUCACUGGUUAUGCUCAGAGUGGGCAUUCUGAUAAGGCCUUGAAGUUGUUUUCUAAUAUGCAUUUGAAUGAAAUGAAGCCUAGUGAGUUUACCCUUGUUGGGGUUCUUAAUGCUUGUAGUGACAUUGCUGCUCUUGAAGAAGGAAAGCAAGUGCAUGAUUAUUUGUUAAAGUUGGGAUUGGACUCUCAAAUAUAUAUUCUCACUGCUUUGGUUGAUAUGUAUGCAAAAUGUGGUAGCAUUGUUGAUGCUCGGAAGGGGUUUGAUUAUUUACAAGUACCAGAUAUGGUUCUGUGGACUUCAAUGAUUGGAGGUUAUGUACAAAACGGGGAAAGUGAAGAGGCUCUAAGUAUGUAUGCUAGGAUGCAAGCUCUAGGGAUUUUUCCUAAUGAACUAACUAUGGCCAGUGUCCUGAAAGCGUGUUCAAACCUUGCUGCUUUGGACCAAGGAAAGCAAGUUCAUGCCCGUACUGUCAAGUAUGGAUUUAGUUUAGAAAUUUCAAUUGGAAGUGCUCUUUCAACCAUGUAUUCAAAGUGUGGGAGUUUGGAAGAUGGGAACCUUGUCUUUAGGAGGAUGCCUGUUAGGGAUAUUGUGUCAUGGAAUGCAAUGAUAUCCGGGCUUUCCCAAAACGGACAUGGUAAUGAAGCUUUGGAACUUUUUGAGGAGAUGCUAGUGGAAGGCGCAAAGCCAGACUAUGUAACAUUUGUGAACAUUCUCUCAGCUUGUAGCCACAUGGGAUUGGUAGAGAGAGGUCGGUUUUAUUUCAAGAUGAUGUCCAAUAAUUUCGGCAUUGUUCCAAGAGUUGAGCAUUAUGCUUGCAUGGUUGAUAUUCUGAGCCGUGCUGGAAAGCUCAAUGAAGCUAAAGAAUUUAUUGAAUCAGCUUCCAUAGAUCAUGGUAUUUGUUUAUGGCGUAAUUUAUUGAGUGCUUGUCGAAACUAUCGUAAUUUCGAUUUAGGUGCCUAUGCUGGAGAGAAGCUAAUGGAGUUGGGGUCACAAGAAUCAUCUGUUUAUGUGAUAUUGUCAAGCAUUUAUACUUCCUUAGGGAAGUUGGAAGAUGUGGAACGGGUGAUGAGGAUGAUGAAACUUCGAGGUGUGAGUAAGGAGCCUGGGUGUAGCUGGAUUGAAAUUAAGAGUCAGGUCCAUGUGUUUGUUGUUGGAGAUCAAAUGCAUCCGAAGAUUGGAGAUAUACGUGCGCAGAUCCGAAGGUUAAGCAAACAAAUGAAGGAUGAACGAUACCAGCCUCUGCUGAUUUAGUUUUGUGACCUCUUGUAGUUGACAUACCUCAUUUGUCCUCAGCCAAAGAUUAGGAGCAACCAAAUUUUAACCUCUAAAUACAUUAUUCUCAGUUCAAUUUAAACUUUUUGAUCAAAUAAUUAUUUGACAUUGUAUAU